AUGCCUGACCCUAUCGCGCACAUCAAGAAGAGGGGAUGGCCAAUCGAAGUAAUCCAGAAGCCAGCAACCGAUGCAGUCAUUCAAGUUUGGUUAAAAGACAUCGAAGAUGGUCUAUUUGUAAUUGAACCUAAACUUAUCAAUGAUGGUGAGGAAGUGAUUGAUAACACUCAGUCAAAUAGAAUAGAAUCUACACAGUCCGAAUCGAAUCAUGUUCAGCAAGGGAGUUCCAAAACAAAAAAGAAACAAAAGUCUCCAGAAAGUCAAGAGACUGCUCGCAAGCAAAACAAUGGGGCAAGUAAAUCUCGUUUGUACCUCAAGAGCUUAGCCGCGGGGAAGAACAAGGGGCCAAAUGAAGAGUUGGGUGACUCCAGCACGUUAGAAGAUGAAUCAGGCUCUGAAAGUGAGGAAGAAAGUGACAAUCAGCCUGAUGAUGAUUAG